CACGUCAGCAGUGCCAUGUCAGCAGCAGCGCCACGUCAGCAGUGCCCUGCCACCAUGACGGUCUCAGUUCUGGGCAUGCCAGGCCAACUGGCCAAUGAGUCCAUUGCCGAGUACAGACAGCGGGCAGCAACAGCUGAAAAGCAGCGGCUUCAAGCCGAAGCAGAAGCAGAUACCCAGGCACGCCGCAAGGAGGCCCAGGAUCUGCUACAGCGGCAUGAAGCCACCAGCAUCAAAAAGCUCAAGUUCUGGCAUUUUGAACCAUCUGAGCAGCACGAAGACGCGACACCGGAGGAACAGCACAAGGAGUUCCUUGCCAAACUCAUGACCCGGUUGGUUUACACUUGUAACCACCUGCCGUCUGAGCUGGUGAAUCUCCGACGGGCGGUGCGGAACCACAAGGAUCUGCACGAGGAUGCUACACGGGCACUUGAUUCCCGUGUACAGGACUUGGAGCAAGUUGCACCAAGACCAGAUGCUGGCGAGUCCAGCAGUACMCCCUCUACCCGCCAAUUGGAGGAACGAGUUGACCACGUCGUCGCAAUGCUCGGCGACAUCAGCACCUUCGCUGCACCAGCCACCAUCAGCAAGCAGCUAGACACCUUGAAGACCGAGGUUCAGCAGCUGCACCAGCUGCCCAACAAGGAUGGCAACACCACGCAGCACUACAAGAUGCCGACAUUCCGCAUCGAAAAGUUCGAUGAUUAUACGCAUCAAGACCCGGUCCCCUGGUGGGAGGGCUUUACGACGGAACUUCGGAUUCUUUUCGUCCCCGAGCACUCGUACAUCAGCGCGCUGUUCCUCAACUCAAAGGGCGGAUGCCAGAUCUGGCUUAGCCACCUGGCAACCAUCCACGGCGUCAACGUCGCCGAUCUGCACACGAAGAUACCUUGGGCAGAUCUGACGAAGCUAUGGAAGAAGCGGUUCAUCGUGGACGACGCCCCGGCACUCGCCAUCAACCGCCUCUUCGCUAUGACGCAAGGCAACACAUCGACACGCGACUGGCUCACGGAAUGGCAAAAGACCGCGGCGACGCCCGAUCUCGAAUUGCCAUUUUCGCAUCUGCGCCGGGAGUUCUACAACCGGUCAUGUGCCGCCUUGAGCCUUGCACUUGGUGAUCGUGAGCAAUACGCGGCCUUCGCCGAAAUUAUCGACAAGGCAAGGGAGAGUUUCCUAAUGGCAUCGAACUAUAUCUUCAACCAGAGAGAUAGAAUGGUUGUUGGGCAUAUAGCCUCUGAGGAUCCUACUCGAUAUCACCAACUCGAGAUCCUGCAGGAGGACCGCUACAAGACCGCGUUUAAGACGCGAUAUGGGCAUUUUGAAUGGCUGGUUAUGCCUUUUGGCCUUACGAAUGCCCCGGCCACAUUCCAAGCGGCUAUGACAACGGAGUUCCGACACAUGCUGGAUAGAUUCGUACUCAUCUACCUCGACGACAUCUUGGUGUACAGCCGAAGUUUGGACGAGCAUGUGGAGCACCUGCGCACCAUUUUGGAGCGGCUACGACAAGCCAAGUACAAAGCCAACCGCGACAAAUGCGAAUUCGCGCGGCAAGAGGUGGAGUACUUGGGACAUUAUGUGACGCCGCAAGGCAUCCGUCCGCUCGCGGACAAGAUCGAGGCCAUCCACGUAUGGCCCGAGCCCACCAACACCACGGACGUUCGUUCAUUCAUGGGGUUGGCAGGCUACUAUCAACGCUUCAUCACCGGGUACUCAAGGAUAGCCGCACCUAUGACGAGAUUACAAUCGCCAAAGGUGCCAUUCGUAUUCGAUGACGAUGCACACCGGUCAUUCCAAGCACUCAAGACGGCCAUGCUCAUGGCACCCGUCCUUAGCAUCUACGACCCCACCCUGCCAACGAGAGUGACAACCGACGCUUCCGGCUAUGGCAUUGGGGCAGUCUUGGAACAACACGACGGCGACGACAAGCACCCCGUGGAGUAUUUCAGCCACAAAGCCUCCCAUCAAUUCACUUGAUGAUGCAAGGAAGAUGGAGCUGCUCGCAUUCGUGAUGGCUCUCAAGCGAUGGCGGCACUUCCUCCUUGGGCGUCGUAGGUUCACAUGGAUCACG